AGGAUUAUAAGAGCAGCUCAUUCACAAAACACAAGACUUUCUCUCUUCAUCUGGUGCAGAAUUGAAGAUUGCAUGAGAAAUGGCACAGAAGACAGCACUGAUGGUGUAUGCCCACCAGAGUCCCGUCUCCUUCAACGCUGCUGCGCGGGACGUCGCUGUCGAGGCUUUGACGAAGCAAGGCUAUAAAGUCCUUGUGUCGGAUCUCUAUGCUAUGAGCUUUAAAUCCUCUGCUACUGCAGAUGAUAUCAAGGGUGAUCUGAAGAACCCUGAGCACUUUGUGUACAAUGAGGAGAUGAUGACGGCGUGGCAGGACGGGCGAUUGAGCGACGACGUUUCAGAAGAACAACACAAGCUGGAGCAAGCGGAGCUGGUGAUCUUUCAGUUCCCUCUCUACUGGUUUAGUGUGCCUGCCAUCAUGAAGGGCUGGAUGGACCGAGUCUUAACUCAAGGAUUUGCCUUCACCCUGCAGAAGAUGUACGACAACGGCAUUUUUAAGAAUAAGAAGGCCAUACUUUCAUUCACCACUGGGGCAACAGAGUCCAUGUUUCUGGCCGACGGCGUUCAUGGAGACAUCAAUGUUCUCCUUUGGCCUUUACAGAACGGAGUGCUGCGCUUCUGUGGGUUUCAGGUCCUCGCUCCUCAGAUCUUCUGGUGUCCGGCGCACUCGCCAGCGGUUGUGAGAAGCCAAAUGUUGGACGCGUGGCGGGAAAGGCUUCAUGGCGUGUUUGCGGAAAAGCCUCUGUCCUUCGCUCCCACCGAUCACUUUGACCUCAGUUUCCAAGGAGGAUUUCGUCUUCGGCCGGAGGUCAGAGAGAAGUGUGUGUCUCUCACUCAUGGCAUCACCACAGCUCAUCAUCUAGGAAAACCACUUCCUCCAGACAACCAGACCAAAGCUAAAGACAGCUAAAGGAUCCAGCGAGACAGCGCUAGUUACUCGUGCAAAGAAUCGUUAGCAGAAUGAGGAAGUUUUAAGAGAAAAAUGCUUGAGAUUAUAAUAUCAGCCUGUCA